AUGGAGAGUUCACCAGAAUCAGUCCGUCCGGUGAAGCGCGUCAAAUACGCGCGACAAGACGAUACGAUCCCACUGAGCAUAGCCACAUCCAGCAUCAGGGCCUCCGACAGCGUCGACGGAUCCCUGGUUACUGAUGUCCCUUUAUUCGAAAAUACAUGGCCUACGACAACGGGAGUAUCGUCUCCCUCAGAGGUCCUAUUCGACCUCCCUGAGGACCUUGGCAAUUCGUGGGCCCCAGCUUUUACAGAGAGGUGUAAACCUGGGCAGAAAGGAGAUGAGAGAGAACAUGCUGCACCCACCCACCCCGCUCUUACUCCCACCCUCACCCCGUUGCACAAUCCGAUCGAGAAUCCAUCUUUCAUCCAUCAUGUUCCCGACUUUGUUCCAAUUCCUGCCGAGAAGAUCAAAACUACCCGUCGACCCGAUCAUGCCAUGGUAGACUAUCAAGUCCGUGAGCUGACGUUCCAUGCAGCACCCCAGCCUGCGUUGAAUCUUCAGGUAGCCACAGCACCUCAACCUGAACCUGAACCUCAACCUCAACCACCUCGCUCUCAGGCACAGCGACUGCCUCGCCUCUUGCCUGCGGUGCACGAUGCUCUUCCAGAGCGGGCUGUCGAAUCGCAAGACUCGAAGAAAAGAGGCCUGGUACCAGUAGAAGGGCUCGUUGUAAGUCCGUUCACCGCGAAUGAGGACCGGCUGAUUGUGUCUGCCUAUCCUCGCUAUGCUCGCCCUGAGAAUGGACAGGUGAAUGGGUAUGUUAAAUUCAACUGGCCUUCGCGAGCUCCAUCGAGACGGCCGUCUGGCCCUGUACCACUCCCGUCAGAGGAUGACGUUGAGGACAUAACGCCCAACGUAACGCGAUCACACAGUGCCGGUCGUCCUCCAACCAUAAUAACUCUGGUUAACCCUGGGCCUGCCGUGUCUUCCGCGCCAAAUGGGACUGUUUCGCCCAUGGACCUAGAGGGAGGAUGGGGAAAUACUUCAUCGCCAGUAUUGAUGGCAGGUUCUCCGGUUUCCCUUCAAGACACUUCACAAAUCCUGAUAGCUGGUGACCCAAAAAUGCUGCCUCCUCAGUUCGGAUUCCAAGCAAAGAUGGAUCAUAUUGACAGACGAUUGUUUGAGUUCUAUAUCAAGAACUGGUGUCCGGGAAGGAGUGUGCUCAGCAACACAAACCUAUGGUUGAAGGAUCUGGCGCCGAUGCAUAAGAACGAAGGUAUUCUCCACGCUAUUCAGAGUCUUGCCGGGGUGUAUAUCUAUGAUUAUAUUCCGGAUGAGCGCAUCCGCCAGCGGAUCAAUCAGCGAUAUAUCACGGCAGAUCAAUAUUUCAGCACACUCCUCAAUGCGCCUGAAAGCAGGGAAAAUGGUAAAGGGCAGGAGGUCAUCACCAUGGCCGUGCUUCUUUCAAUGCAAGAUAUUGUCCUAACGGAACGACGACUCAAAAAGCCAUACAAUCCGCGAUGGCUGGAAGGAUUCAGGCAAGGCGAAUACUUCCUGCAGGCAACUGACCCUGGCGCUCGCUACUGGAAAAACAACAACGUCCAGUACAACGAACUUCGCAUCUCUCAAUCAAUCAUUGUUGGCCGGGCAGUGAUUCUCGCUCAACCUAUGAUGGCCCUUCCGUCACCGCAGACUUUUAACCCCGAGGCUGAAGCAGGCAGGUUCAGCUGGCUGCUCUAUGGAACAGAGAAGGAUAUGUUUGAAAUCCAUGGAGGUUGUGGCUUUUCAAAGAAAUUGUUGCAUCUUAUGAGCCAGGUAACGUAUUGUGCAGGUCGAUUGCAGCAAGAGCCUGAAUCCACCAUCGUUCCAAUCACGGCAAAAUUCCUCCUGCGCGAACUAUCAGAAAUGCGACAAUGGAGCCGUGAGGGCAAAGACUGGGAGCUGGCUCGAAAGUACCCACCAACGAUAGACUGGGUGCGCGACAAAGCAGACGAAGUGAUAAUCGAUUCCAACCAAAUCAUGACCGAGGUUACAGCUGAGGCAUGGAGGAUCGCCGCAAUUAUUUAUUAUCAAUGUCGUCUUCUGAGGUACGAACAUGCGAUGAAGGAGAAGAAAAGGUCCGAGGAGGGAGAGAAGUGGACAAGCUGA